UGUCCAUCAACUAACGACACUGGGACAGCUUUGCCUCAUGAAAGCGAUUGUACGAAGUUCUACGUGUGCAAUUGGGGAGAACCUGUUGAAUUUACCUGUCCUGAAGGCACAAUUUAUGGACCAAAUGUAGAUCGAUGUGACUACGAAUGGUAUGCAAUUUGUGCAGUGCCAGGAGGUAAUGGUACAACUGGUCCUCAGUGCCCUCCAAACAAUGAUGAUGUGAUACUUUUGCCUCACGAAACCGAUUGCAACAGAUACUACAAAUGUGAAUUUGGAAUUGCAAUCGAAUUUUAUUGUCCUCCAGAACAGGUGUUCGGAGUAGCAAUCAAUCGAUGCGAUUUCGGAGGGUACGCAGAGUGUUUUCUUGGAGGACCUUCAGAUGGCUCUAAUGAACAUAGCAAUAGUGAAGGCAAUUAAUAGAUGAACACUUUAUUUUGGAAGAGUAAAAAGUUAAAUUACUUAUUUAAUCUUUGGAAAAUCCUUUUAUCUAACAAAACUUCUUAACUUAAGAACCUCUGGAAAUGUUCGUAAUAAACGAAUAAAAUUGAAAUGAGUUAAUUAAAUGAAAUAAAUUAACAAAA